AAAAAAACUCAAUAUGAUCACCUUUGUCUGGGUUUAAAUUCCAAGCUUCUUCGUACAUGUCGUCCCAAUAUGAUCGUCGAUCCAAUUCUUUGGUUGUCCAUGACGAAUACGGAAAGAAAUCAAGUCCUCCGCCGGAGCCUCGGUUGGCUACCUGGUGGUAUACCUCGUCCAUGUCCUCACCAUCCUUCUCAAACGUUCAGCCGUACUUAUUCUAUUGAGCAUCUACAUAUGCACAGCCCACUAUCAAAUGCUAAGAACGGUCAUAGACCCACUCUCCUUCCUGUUAAACCAAUUACCCACUAAAAAGCUAAAACACUCACAGGAUGUGGCUCC